AGGAAGUGGCGGCGAGGUUAGGGAAGACCUCAGCUUCCGCUACCGGCUUCGGGGCCAGUCCUCCGGGGUUGGCGGGCACUAUGAGUUCCUUCCAGGGACAGAUGGCUGAGUAUCCGACCAUCUCCAUAGACCGCUUCGACAGGGAGAACCUGAGGGCCCGCGCCUACUUCCUGUCCCACUGCCACAAGGAUCACAUGAAAGGACUAAGAGCCCCGGCUUUGAAAAGAAGGUUGGAGUGCAGCUUGAAGGUUUACUUAUACUGUUCUCCUGUUACUAAAGAGUUGUUGUUAACUAGCCCGAAGUACAGAUUUUGGGAGAAACGAAUUAUCUCAAUUGAAAUUGAAACUCCCACGCAGAUACCUUUAGUGGAUGAAGCAUCAGGCGAGAAGGAAGAGAUUGUUGUGACUCUCUUACCAGCUGGUCAUUGUCCAGGAUCAGUUAUGUUUUUAUUUCAGGGCAAUAAUGGAACUGUCUUGUACACGGGAGACUUCAGACUGGCCAAAGGAGAAACUGCCAGAAUGGAGCUUCUGCACUAUGGCGGCAGAGUGCAAGAUAUCCAGAGUGUGUACUUAGAUACUACUUUCUGCGAUCCAAAAUUUUAUCAGAUCCCCAGUCGAGCGGAGUGUCUGAGUGGGAUACUGGAGCUGGUUCGAGGCUGGAUCUCUCGGAGUCCCUACCAUGUCGUGUGGCUGAACUGCAAGGCAGCUUACGGGUAUGAGUAUCUGUUCACCAACCUUAGUGAAGAAUUCGGACUCCAGGUUCACGUGGAUAAACUAGACAUGUUUCGAAACAUGCCUGACAUUCUCCAUCAUCUCACGACAGACCGCAGCACUCAGAUCCAUGCGUGUCGCCAUCCAAAGGCAGAGGAAUAUUUUCAGUGGAAUAAAUUACCCUGCGGCAUUACUUCCAAAAAUAGAAUUCCACUCCACACAAUCAGCAUUAAGCCUUCCACGAUGUGGUUUGGAGAAAGAACCAGAAAAACAGAUGUAAUCGUGAGGACUGGGGAGAGUUCGUACAGAGCUUGCUUUUCUUUUCACUCCUCCUACAGUGAGAUUAAAGAUUUCUUGAGCUACAUCUGCCCUGUAAAUGUGUAUCCAAAUGUCAUUCCAAUAGGCGCAACAAUGGAUAAAGUUAUAGAAAUCUUAAAGCCUUUAUGCCGAUCUUCCCAAAGCAUUGAGCCAAAGUAUAAACCACUUGGAAAGCUGAAGAGAGCCAGAAUGGCCCCGCUGGACUCAGAGGAGGAGGAAGAUGACCUCUUUGACGAUCCUCUGCCAGUACCUUUAAGGCACAAGGUUCCAAACCAGCAAACUCUUCACCCUGAGGUAUUUCCAAUGACUGCAGUAUCACAGAACCAGCCUGAAAAACUGAUUCAAACCACAGGAUGCUUCAAAGUAGAGAGCACGCAAACCUCUCUUUGCACGAACUUUAUAGACUGUGAAGAAUCCAACAGUGAAAGCGAGGAAGAAUUACAAAUCCCAGCCUCAUCUCAAGGGGAUCCUGGUCCUGUCACACAUCAGCAAAAGGCUGAAGCGGAAGUACCGCAGUGGGAGGUAUUCUUUAAGAGGAAUGACGACAUCACAGAUGAUGGUUUAGAAAACUUCCCUUCCUCUACAGAGGCAAGGGGCUCUCAGUCACCAAAGCUUUUCAGUGACUCUGAUGGGGAGUCAACUCACAUCUCUUCCCAGAAUUCCUCUCAGUCCACACACAUCUCCGAACAAGGAAGUCAAGGCUGGGACAGCCAAUCUGACACUAUCUUGUUAUCUUCCCAAGAGAGAAACAAUGUGGCUAUCACCUCCUUGAACAAAGGUGGUUGUAAACCAAGAAUCAAAGAGAAUAUUCCUUCUCAGAUGGAACAACAUGUACUUUGCCCAAAGGACACUUACUCUGAUUUGAAAAGCAGAGAUCAAGAUGCAAAUAUAGUUCCUAGUGUUGGAAAACCAACUGUUCUCAGCAGUGGGAAACACAUACCUCAGGAAAAAAGGCCGCAAAAUCUUAGCGCCAAUGCUGAUUCACAGAGCUCCUCCGAUUUUGAAAUUCCCUCAACUCCAGAAGCUGAGCUACCUAAACGAGAGCAUUUACGACAUUUGUAUGAGAAGCUGGCAACAGGUGAGAGUAUAGUAGUUGAAAAAAGAAAAAGCUCACUCUUAGAUACUUAAGAAUUAAAAACUCUUCAUUCUAGAGCCACCAACAAACCUAUACAAAAAGGUAAUAGCCCCAAUCAUAGUAAAUUAAAACGGAACACUCAAAAAUACUUAUAUAACCUAAAAGAAGUCAGUCAAGGGGAAGCAGAGGAACAAAAAGAUAGAACUAAAUCAAAAAACAAUUACAUUAAAUGAAAAUGGUCUAAACACACCAAUGAAAAGAAAGCAAAAAUAAAAUAUAACCCAACUACAUGCUAUCUAUAAGAAACUCACCUCACAUGGUAAAUGUUGGUGAAAGGAUGGAAGAUAACACCAUGUAAAUGCUACUUAAAAGAAAGCUGGAGUGGCUAUAAAAGGCGUAGUUCCCCAAGACAAUCUUAAAUGUGCAUGGACUUAACAGCAGCUUCAAAACAUGCAGGCAUAGCUGGGCGAUACUGCAGGCUUGGUUCCAGACCGCUGCAGGAAAGCGAGUCACAUGAAUUCUGUGGUUUCUCAGGGCAAAUAAAAGUUAUGUUUACACUAUAUGUAGUCUAUUAAGUGUGCAGCAGUACUAUAUCUAAAAAAAAAAAAAUGUACAUUCCUUAAUUUAAAAAUAUUUUAUUGCUAAAAAAAUGCUAACCAUCAUCUGAGCCUUCAGCAAGUUGUAAUCCUUUUCCUGGUGGAGGGUCUUGCCUUGAUGUUGAUGAAAACGCACUAUCUGCAAAGAGCCAUGAAAUGAAGUAUGCCUGUGCAAAGCACAAGCAGCUGAAAGGAGAAAGACAGACUAACGCGUGAUUACAGCUGGGGACUUUAACACUGCUCUUUCAGUAACAGAAUGAGUUUCUAGAAAAUCAGCAAGGAUACAGAGGAGCUGAGCAGCACCCAUCAACCAGCCGGAUCUGACACUCCAGCCAACAACAGCAAAAUACACGCUUUGCAAAUGCACGUGGCACAUUCACCAAGAUAGGCAUAUCUUGGGUCAUAAAAGUACCUCAACUUGAAAGAAUAAACUUGGGCCUAUCAAACUGAUGGCCACAGGAAAAGUAAGCCCCCUGCUUACCUCAGAGGAUGUUACACUGCUUAAGAAUGUUGGUGUGAAGAUAGUGGUAAAAUUAAAACUAGAAAAAUUAGAACCUAAAAGAAAAUAAUUAAAUGGCAAAAGUAUAAGUUUCUUUGAGUCAGCUAACUCUCCUAAAGUUCAUCAAUGGGUUAUGCUUUUGCAUAGUUAUAUAUGUGGAUUUAAUAAAAUUUCAUUAACAUUAAUAAA